AUGGCCACUCCUCCAGUAGAGAGCACGUUGAGCACCUUGUCAGUGGAUUAUGAGGGAGACGCGCCUACGCCGUCCUUCAGUGAAUGGAUCAACUGGGGCGACGAUCCAGAUCCGGAGGUCGAUGAUCAACAGAGUCCCGACACACAAGUCUUUCUGAAUACACCAAAUGAGACGACCACAGACGGCAUUCCCGUUGAUCAGGAAUUCGCCAAUUGGAAGCACCGCGCCUGCCCGGCUUGGAUUAUGCUUGCCGAAGGCAAGUCCUUGGAAGCCGGGGAACAACUCGCAGUGCCGUGGUGGGGUAGGCCGGACGUGGAGUGUCCUGGGUCCGAACUCCGAGCGGAAUCCGGGUGCCUGGGGUGUGCCAAGGGAGAGCGCGAGGAACGCCCGCUCGGCACGCACUGCGUGACGAAAACACAGAGCAAACGUGCGAAGCAAGAUGCUGGGAGAGGGUGGGACAAGACGCGCUGGUGGCUGCGUCACGCGUUCGUCCUGCGACAUGUCGUCACGAGUCUCAGAAUUCGAUGGGACGUUGUCACGAUCGAAUUCCCGCAGUAUUGGAAAUGGGCCGAAUCAGUUGACGGGGAUGGAGGAUAUUGGGCUGCCGCGCCUGGCGGGCAAACCGCCAGUGGUGAACAUGGCGAAGUACGGCCGCAUCCCAUCUUGAUGAUGAUGCCCCAGCCGAAUCCUGCCCGACAGUCAUAUGAUAGUAUCCUACAUGGCCAGUGGGGAUACCGAGAUAUGGAUGGGAAAGUCGUGGUCCUGAAGCAGGAGGACGCACAAGUCUUCAGGAAUAGAGCUGGUGAUGACUCCCUUUGGACGACCUCGCAACCGGAGACGAUGCGCCAUGGACAACGGUCGGAGCAAGGCCCGGAUAUCGAGGACAAGGUCUCCGGAUCAGAGAGCAGCCGAGAGACGGCCUAG